CUUCAUUUUUUCUAAAGGGGAUGUAAUACUUUAGGCGGAUGUGAUAUUUUAUUACAGGGACUUAAAAAAGUGUUAGACUCUUAGGUGCCGGAUAACUUUCAUUAAACUUAACAGGCUAUUUUGAUAUAUUAAGACUCUGAGAGAGAAAACUAUUUAUCUUUUUGUUUGGCUUUUGUGAAAGUUUGUGUUACGUAAUUUAUGGACGAUCCAAAAGUUUUAUUUUUCGUUGUUUAAGUUUAUUAUGGUAGGACGGACGUUUUAGGUACACUUGGAACAGUUUUUACCCAAAAGCACGAUCUCGUUAUGAGUCUUUCAUACAAUGCUCCUAUGAAUCAUAGGAACAUGGAAUGAUUCAAGGUGUGGAAAUAUAAAACCAAUAUAAAUGGGUAGUUCAAUUCGGAUUUAAAAUAAAGUAUUAUAAACUUUCAUUCUUCUUCAAGAUUUAUUUUUUUGCACUUAAUAUCAAAAAAAAAAGUCGAAUUAAACAAGCUACUACAACAAAAUGGGAAAUUGUCUAUUUAGCAGUUCAGUUAAAAAAAAAGUUAAAAAAGAAUCAGGUGGUGAUGAUGACAGUGUUAAAUCACUACUUCCAAAAGCAGAAGAAAAAAAAGAACACAAAGAAGAUACCGAAGAUACCAAUGAAAGAUUUACACCUGUGUCUAGAAAUGAAUUGGCUUUUGAUGACUUGAUUUCAAAUUAUUGUGGUGAAAUAAGCUAUAAUAUUGGGAGUGAUUGGUUGCGAUGGGGAAGACACCUCGGUCUAAGUGAUUCAGAUCUUGAUAAUAUUGGCUCUGAUAACAAAAAUUGUUAUGAGAAAGCUGAUAAUGUUUUAAAAAAAUGGAAGCAAAAAAAUGGAAAUCCUUCGUUGGAGCAAUUAAAAAAAAAAUUGCUAGCUUUUGAUCGUUUAGAUAUUGUGAAUAAAAUUGAAAAAAUAUUUGAAGAGAUUUCAAGUUCACCAAAUAAAGAAUCUGAUUUUUCUUCUAAUAAAGAUUUGUUGAGGAUGUCGGCUGAACUAAAGAAAUUUUAUCUUGAAUAUUAUGGGAAAAUCAGUGAACUUCAACCACUAUUAAAAGGAUCUGCCGAUGUUGAUCUAAUACAAAAUUUUGUUGAUUUGUGUAUUGUUGAUGCAGUGAAUGCUCAAAGGGAUGCUGUUUUUAGUGUUGAACCAAAGCAAUUUCUAGAAAACCAAACAAGUUAUGCACCAAUUCCAUAUAAUGAAAUAUUUACAAAAGAAAAAUCAGUAAUAUUAAUUUCUGGAAUAGCUGGUAUUGGGAAAACAUGGUUGCUUAGAAAAUGUUUGCUUGAUUGGUCAAAUUAUUUAAUUUGGAAAAAUGUUAAACUUGUAUUUUAUUUGGAAUGCAGGAGACUUAAUCAUUAUUCAAAUAUUUCUAAUAUUAAUGAAUUACUAAAUAUUUUCUACAAAGAUAUUGUGAACAACUUUAAUAUUAGUAAUCAUACUGCACUGUUUAUAAUUGAUGGAUUAGAUGAGUUUAAAUAUUUAAAUGAGUUAUUAAACCCAAGUUUGACUUGUAACAAUCCAAUUGUUAAUGCUUUAGCAGAUAUUCAAAAAUACAAACAUGUAAUUGCUGGUAGAGUUUAUGCAAUAGAUCAAUACCUAAGUAUAUCUACAGAACAUAGCAAUAAGUUGACCAUUCAAGUAAUGGGGUUUAAUGAAAAUGGAAUAAAUUAUUAUGUAGAAAAUCAUGUCAUAGAAGAAAAAAAAGAAGUUGUAAAAACAACUUUAAAGGAGUCUCCAAUUGCAAAAGCCAUGGCAUCUGUUCCAUUUUAUUUAUCUUCCAUGUGUAAAAUUAUUAAUGAUUCAAAAAAACUAAAUGAAAAUUAUUUUUUAACAAUGACCGAAUUGUAUGCAAGUAAUUUUUUAUACUUUUUGCAAAAACACAUUAUUAAAAACAAUGGACUGGUUUAUCAAAUGAUGGCAAAUGAAAACAAUAAGAAUUAUGUUUUAAACAUUUGUAGGAUAGCUUAUAAAUUGUUUAUUGAAAAUAAAGUUAUUUUUUCAAAAGAGGAAGUUUUACUAUUUAUCAAUGACUUUAAUGAAGUUGAAGAAAGUUUGUUUGGUUUUAUUGAAAGGGUCGAAACACAUCUAGGUUAUUAUUACCAAUUUGCACAUUUGACCAUAAUGGAAUUUUGUGCAUCUGUAUAUGCAUAUAAUUGUUUAAGUAAUGAUGAGAUUAUGAACAGUGAGAGGCUGAAAAGUUGUUUUUCAAUGAUUUGUGGAUUAACCAAUAAAAAUCAAAACAGUUUAUUAAAGUUUCUUGUUAACCUGAAUCCUUCAAAAAGAUCCAAUGAUGAAUCUUUACUUUUGUGUUCUAUUUUGUAUCGCCUGAGCAAAAGUAAACACUCUAAAGAUUACCGUGAUUUAUUCGUUGAAUGUUUUUAUGAAAGUCAAUCAGCAUUUACUGAUAAAAUAAAAUCAAUUGUUGAUAAACAAAAGUGGUGGAAUGUUUCGAUAAACAUUGGAAAAACUUCUUACUUAACUUCUUGCGAAAAUUUCUUCAUAAAUUAUUACAUAAAAUCUGGAAGAAUGUUAACGUGGUUACGUGUUGAUAAAAAUAUUUUAAGUGAUGAAGAAAAAAAACUUUUAAUUCAAUGUUCAACUAAUGUUCACGAAGUCACUUUUUUUUGUCCAAUUAAUUUCGAGGGAUGGAAACCGAAAAAUAAGAUUAAAGAGUUGUCGAUAUUGAUCUCAAAAUAUUUAAUAACAAAAAAAGAUUUUGAAGAAAACUUUCUACCAUGGGUAAACCUUUGUGAAGAAUUAAAUCUUCGACUUCACGACGAUAUUGAUUUUAUUAAAAAAAUUUGUGAAUGGAUUCGUUUUUCGGAUAUCAAGAGGUUUGUGAUCUAUUACCGUGAAAAAAAUUUUUAUAACUUCGAUGAAUUAAAAAACUUUACAACUCAAUGUUUAAUACUUUGAAUAUAUUUAAU